AGUUGGUGAGAUAAAACUGUCGUUUUAACUGAAGUAGAAAUAUCUGAAAAAAACCUGCAGGACAACUCUGAGAGAUGGAGCAAACCGAGGUGGUGAAGCCCGAAACUCUGGAUGACCUGAUAAAAAUCCUGCAUAAGGUCUUCGAGAAUGACUCCAUCAAUGUUGAGGAGGUCCAAGAUAUCAUGGAAUCAUACGAGAGCAAGCCUCAGGAGUGGAUGAAAUACGCAAAGUUUGACCAGUACAGGUACACCAGGAACUUGGUUGACGAGGGUAACGGAAAGUUCAAUCUCAUCAUUCUGUGCUGGGGAGAAGGCCAUGGCAGUAGCAUCCACGACCACACAGACUCCCACUGCUUCAUGAAGCUGCUGCAGGGUCAGCUGAAGGAGACGCUGUUCGACUGGCCAGACAGUAAAUCGCAGGGAAACAUGGUCCAGAAGUCAGAGAGAAUUCUCCAGGAAAACAAGGUUGCUUACAUAAAUGACUCCAUUGGCCUGCAUCGUGUGGAAAAUGUCAGCCACACGGAGGGCGCAGUCAGUUUGCACCUGUACAGUCCCCCUUUCCAAAUCUGCCAGAGCUUUGACCAGCGGACGGGGCACAAGAACACUGUCAAGAUGACCUUCUGGAGCAAAUAUGGAGAGAGGACUCCAUUUGAGACCACAGUUUCACAAGAGAACAACUAGUGGUCACGCAAAGAGGCUCUGGAUGAGGAAGACAGUUGCAUUUAAAAUUCUAAUGUUGUGAAAAUGAUUCAAGGGAAACUGCUGGGGAAGCGAAAUGUGGACCUACUAUGACUAAGCACCCAUUUAAAAAUCAGGAGCGGGCCGGUUCAAAAGGACAACCCAGUAAUUAGAAUGGCUUUAUCGCUGCCCAGUGUGAGCUUGGCAAAUACUGAUGAGCACAGGAAGAAUGUAUGAAUAGGCUUGGACAUGGAUUGAAUCUGCCUUUUGUUUGCUGGGCCUGAGGAGACCCUUUUCCAAUAACAACAUUCCUGUCUAUCCACGACCUGCGUAACCACACUUUUGUAAAGUUAUGGCCCAUAGUCAAAAAAAAAACAAACAAAAAAAAUAGAGCUUUAGCAUGAAAAAAAUGGGAAAAUAUUGAUGUUUCUCUCCAAUUUUAUUUCUGAAGAGAAGAAAAACAGUUGCAAUCAACAGUUUUGUAAUCAAUGGAGCACUUUUAUAGCUGUAUUUACUGUCAAUUUAUACCACUUAAAAUUGUCUUAACACCUGUUGAAAAUUGUGAUGAAAUGUAACAUUGUAUAAUCUAAUUAACAAAGAAGUUUGUUCCAUUUGCAUACAGAAUGAGAAAUGUAAAGCUUUAGAGUUGUGUUGUUUUUAAAAGUGCAAUGGUUGUAAUUUAUUUGCAGGUUAUUUUGUUCACAGGCAGAAUGUUUAGAUCAGCGAGCGGCCGUGUUACUCCUAAAUGUAUUCAUACUCGAGUUUUGAGAGUCUUGUGGAGGGACUAUUUUUUAUUAUUAGCAGACACCAUGUUUCAGUAAGGUUCAUACUUUUUCUCAGGAUUCUGGCAUAUUUUGACUGUAGCAAUAUUUAUAUAGUGUGUAGCUUUUACAGAAUAGCACCUCUCAUAGCACUGUCAAAUGCAUGAUUUCUGUGAUGCAACAAAUGAUAAAUCUGGCCGUAACUGUGUACCAUUAAACACCAUUAUGCUUUCACAGAA